CUCACUCACACGAUCUGUAACUGGGCAGCCGACUUCAGGAAGCCCAAGAAAGAAAAGAAAAAAAGUGUUCCUGGAUCAGGACAGGCAGAUAUUUUUCUCUCCAAGGCAGGAGGACAACAGGUUUCCAUUUUCGUUGAGGAACUAACAAUCGCUGCCUGACAGCCAUGACUUCUCAGAGUACCUAUGGCAGCACCAUCCUGUUCCAGACCAUGAACGAUGACCUGAAGGCAUCACUGGCCAGCGCGGACGAGCUAGCCAAGGAGUUUAACUCCAUGCUGAGUGAGUCCUCCUCCGGACCCACAGGCACACAGCAUGCAUCUCAGGUUCCCCAGCACAACAUCUCUCUACCGCCCAGCAUGCUAAGGGGAUCGAGCAGCUGGAGUAAUCUCAGCUCUACGUCAAUGCCAUACCCUCCCAGCGCAUCGACCCUCCACCCGAUGGACUCCAUGGUCACUAUGAUCAAGAGCGCACCAACCUCCCCGGUGCCUUCCAUCAGUCCGCUUUCCUCGCCCAAGAUCAGCCGGGCCACCUCGCCUCUCCCCCGUGUUGCUCCUGAUGGGUACUCGUACCGCCAGCUGAGCCCCAAGCAUUCGCCUCACAGUCCGAGGCGAAGCUACGACCAGAGCUACGUGGAGAGGAGCCCGUCCCCCGGCCGCACCGCUACAUCGCACCUACCUCUGCCCUCGCCCAACCGGCUCAGCCCCUUCGAGGGUAGCAGGUCGCCUCAGCCCGACCGAGGCCAGUCACCUUUGGCUUUUCAUCAUCCUGUAGCUGAAACGAUUCCCUGGAAUUUUACUUUCAGGCAACCUGAUGAAGGUGUACAGAGGCAAAAGAGUCAUGGCAAGUGGAACGAGACGGAUCUAGACAUGUCCUUCGAAAGCAAGCCUCACCACACCUAUGACAAGAGCGAGUGGAUCAGAGCAUCUGUGCCUAACAGCAACUGGAGAGAGUCCAACCUGGAUGGGCCUCCUCUGGCCCCUAGCCCCAAAAAGAAUCAUCGAGCUCCUCCUCCUCAGUUCCCCCACGGUUCAUUGACCCGGAACACUCGUGUGACAGUACUUCCGGAUGUGGCAUCGCCAAACCAGUCUCAUCAGUACCACCAGCAGCCCAUCUCCCGCAUUUCAAUUCCGCCUCUUGCUACCCAGUCACGCCAACGCAGGCCCAUCCCACUUUCCGUCAUCAUGCGUCUCCAAAACCCCCACUGGGGUGCUAUGUCUGCCCGGACCACCCCGGGGGGGCCUCCCGGAGACCAAUGGGAGGCCUACCAACCCGCCGCAUCCAGGAACUACUUCUUCAACCAGGCCGCCUUGCAGCCGCCGCCUGAGCUGAGACAACCGGCCGUUUACAGCGACGCGUUGAACCCUGGUGACAUUGACGCCGAGCUGUCCCGACUGGACUUAGUUCACCACCUCCCGAUGAUCCACGAGGGCGAGCCUCACACCCCUCGGGGGCCUCCUCGACCCCUCAGCCCCACCCGGCUGCAGCCAGUGGUGGCCCCCGAGGCCCACAGCCAGGAGAUCCCCGACCUGGAGGAGCUGCUGCGCAUCCGCUCAGAGAUCCCCCGGCCUUUAAAGAGGCGCGGCUCUGCGGACCAGUCGCAGCCCCUGAAGAAGGCGUCACAGUACGAGCCCAACCAGUACAAGAAGCUCAUCAACAAGCUCUUCCAGCGCAAGGAGCAGCAGCACAAGGGCGAGGGCAGAGGCGAGCGGGGCAGCGAGAGCAGCACCUCAUCGGAGGGAGAGGACAACUGCGCCGCAACUCCUCCCUCACAGCACCCCCAGCUCACCAAGCCCCAGGAGUACAGAAACUACCAUUCCAUCCUGAGGGCCAGCCGGGAGCGUAAACGUACCGGGAGACGAGCCCGCCUGAGCCCACUGGUGCUGGCGCUGGAUGGAGCGCUUGUGGGCGAACUGGAGACGGUGCAGCGGGCCGUACAGGAGAUGCCGGACCCGAGUCAGCCGAACGACGAAGGCAUCACGGCGCUCCACAACGCCAUCUGUGGCGGCCAUUACAACGUGGUGGACUUCCUGGUUCAAAUCGGUGCCAACGUCAGCGCCCCCGACAGCCACGGAUGGACUCCGCUGCACUGCGCGGCCUCAUGCAAUGACCGGCCGUUGUGCGAGUUCCUGGUGAGGAACGGCGCGGCCGUAAUGGCAAUGACGGAGAGUGAUGGAGCCACAGCCGCACAGAAGUGCGACCCCUAUGCUAUCGCCUUUGAGGAGUGCAAGAGCUUCCUGAAAGGCGUAGAGGAGGCGAUGGGCAUGGAGAACAGCGGCGUGCUUUACGCCCUGUGGAGUUACCCGGCUCAGGCCCCUGACGAGCUCACCUUCCGGGAGGGCGACAUGGUCACCAUCCUGCAGAAGCUCGACGGCUCCGACUGGUGGUGGGCCUCGCUGUGCGGCCGCGAGGGCUUCGUGCCCAACAACUACUUUGGGCUUUUCCCAAAGGUUCGGCCAAAAUCUCUCUCCUAGCUGUGGAAUGUGCAGUUGGGUCAAGCACCGCAUGUAAUGUAGUGUGUGUGUGUGUGUGUCCCCGCAUGCACAUAUGUUUGUGAGUAUGUGUGUGAGAUCAGACAAGGAGUUGAAGGAUGAGUCCCAGUAAUCUUUUUUUCUUUUCACUUUGCUCGUAGUUGCAUUUAAUCCAAGGUGCGCGCACACACACGCAGUCAUGGAAUGUCUGAUUGCUUCCAGGUGGGCUGAAGCUCAUGUUCAAUUGUACUUUUUUUUUUUUUUUUUUUAAACAAACAGCCUCUCUUUAUUUCAUCCCGCUACUGUGUGAACCUCAAUACUCAUGUCAACAAUAUUCCAGUUUUUGAUAUGCCUAAGUGUGAUGUGGAAAGCUUUCUAUUGCUUAUCUGACUGGAAAGGAACUACAAAAAAAGAAUGUCUUCAACGAGUAUGAAAAGUGUCUGUUUGUGUAUAUUGUUUGGAGAUGGUUGCUUAUAUAAUAAUAAUAUUGAAUACACUUUGUAUUGCUGUUUAAUAAGAGUGCAAUGUCCAGUGCUGACCACAGGGCGGUCUCAUGUUAUGUAUUAAUACAGUGCUCCUCUGUAAUGUGAUCAAUUAAACCUUUCUUUGCGCUUUGUA